UCUUAUUCUUUUCAGUUUACGAAGAUGAGCAUGAUAAAUUUGGCUUUGUGUAGUCUCCUCUUAGGAUUCUUCAUUUUGGUGAAUGGGGAUAUCCCAACAACACUGGACGGUCCAUUUGAUCCAGUUACAGUUCCAUUUGAUGAGAAUCUUCGUGGAUUUGCUGUUGAUUUACCUGAUACAGAUCCUCGUGUGCAACGAAAUGUUACGGGUUUCGAACCUGAACAAAUCUCUGUUACUCUUUCUGUUUCUUACGAUUCUGUCUGGAUUUCCUGGAUUACAGGGGAAUAUCAAACUGGGGACGAUGUAAUGCCGUUGGAUCCGCAAACCGUAGGGAGUUUAGUUCGUUAUGGAAUGUUAAGCUCUUCAUUGUUGCUUGAAGCUACUGGCUCGUCUCUUAUUUACAAUCAGCUUUAUCCUUUCCAAGGUCUUAAGAACUACACUUCCGGAAUUAUACACCAUGUUCGUCUCACUGGCUUGAAUGCUAGCACACAAUACUAUUAUCAAUGUGGAGAUCCUUCUAUACCAGCUUUGAGUCCUGUGCUUUCUUUCAAGACCAUGCCAAUUUCUUCUCCUAAGAGUUACCCUGACAGAAUUGCAAUUGUGGGAGACUUGGGUCUGACAUACAACACAACAUCAACCAUCGACCAUCUGAUAAGUAACAACCCUGAUCUUGUGCUAUUGGUUGGUGAUGUUUGUUACGCGAAUCUGUACCUUACAAAUGGUACUGGGUCUGACUGCUAUUCGUGUUCGUUUGGAGAUACUCCGAUCCAUGAAACUUACCAGCCUCGUUGGGAUUAUUGGGGAAGGUUUAUGCAGCCUUUGAUAUCUAAAGUUCCAAUAAUGGUGGUAGAAGGCAAUCAUGAAUUAGAAGCCCAAGCCGAUAACAAGACAUUUGUAGCUUAUAGUUCUCGCUUUGCGUUCCCUAAUGAAGAAAGUGGAUCUUCCUCCACAUUUUAUUAUUCAUUCAAUGUAGGUGGCAUACACUUCAUUAUGCUUGGUGCCUACAUCGACUAUAACAAGACAGGGGAACAACACCAAUGGUUGAAGAAAGAUUUGGCUAAGGUGGACAGAUCAGUAACUCCAUGGUUGGUUGCUACAUGGCACGCACCGUGGUACAGUUCCUACCAAGCUCAUUACAGAGAAGUUGAGUGUAUGAGGGUGGCGAUGGAAGACUUACUCUACUCAUAUGGUGUUGACAUGGUUUUCAAUGGACAUGUCCAUGCCUAUGAAAGGUCAAAUCGUGUCUAUAACUACACAUUGGAUCCAUGCGGUCCUGUUUAUAUCACCAUUGGGGAUGGAGGCAAUAGAGAGAAGAUGGCUGUCAAACACGCCGAUGAACCUGGUAACUGUCCAGACCCAUCAACAACACCAGAUGACAUGGGUGGCUUCUGCGCAUUUAAUUUCACCUCAGGCCCUGCUGCGGGUAAAUUUUGCUGGGAUCAGCAACCAGAUUUCAGUGCAUACCGAGAAAGUAGCUAUGGUCAUGGCAUCCUAGAGAUGAAGAAUGACACACAUGCAUUAUGGACAUGGCACCGGAAUCAGGAUUUGUACAACAGUUCAGGGGAUCAGAUUUAUAUCGUAAGGCAGCCUGAUAGGUUCCCCGUCCAUCCUUAGGUGAUCAAAUCUCGGGCUGUACAUCAUUUGUUUCCCAGCAGAUGAGAAGCAUACAGUUGGCUUCAGAUGAACCCCCCCCCCCGACUGCUAGAGGGGCUUAUAGUUCUAAGUCCGAUAUAGUCUACUUUGCCCCUUUUGAUUUUAUUUGUUGCACGGGCUCGUGGAUGAUUGUAAUAAGCAUAUGAUGCAAAUGAGUGUAUCCAUUUCAAGAUAAAUGUACGAAACAGUGAUCCGUAGCGGUCAUGAGAUUGUGUGUAACAGUGAUUGUUAGUCAAAAUAAAUGUUCAGAUUCCAUUGCCAA